ACAUGCGCGAUGUAACAGCAUCGACGCUACAGAUGCUGCCAUUCCAUCCGGGAUUGGGGUUGCGGGCAACAAGGCAGCUGGACUUGGGGUGGCCAUGAACAGUCUGGCAAUGCUUGUGUGUGCUUGGCUCCCUUGAACAGACCGGUUGUAAGGACAGUAUGGACAAUGUUUCAAUGGGAUUAAUGGUGGGUAAUGACCUUCGACCUUAUGUGUGCCAAGUGUGUAAUAAACGGUUUACACAAAAGGCCCACCUCAUCACACACAAACGGACCCACACAGGGGAGAAACCUUAUGCUUGUCACAUCUGUCAUAAACGGUUCGCCCAGUCAUCACACCUGAACACGCACAAACGGAUCCAUACAGGAGAGAAGCCUUACUUCUGUACAAUAUGUAAUAUUGGCUAUUGCCGUAAACAACGACUUGAGCUUCACCUCCUACAUCAGCAUUCCCGUGAGGCUCUAGCCGCGGCCAACAUCACCAUUCCAGAUGACCUUAAACUAGAGACCCAAGGUCAAGAAAAUCCUGCCCUUAAUCUUCUCGAAUUCCAGGAGUCUAGUGUUGUAUUUCCAAACAAUGGGCAAAUGAAUAAUUUACCCAGUAAUGUCGAUAGGGCAAGUCCUAUGGACUCCACAGUUUCUAGUUAUGCCUCCAGUCGACGAAAACCAUCUGUGGUGAAGCGCAUCAAUCUCGGUGACCAAGGUGAAAAUGGAGAACUGAUAAAAAGUGAGCCGCUAGAUGGUGGAGAAUAUAUUGUGACAGGUAGUGGAGGAACAUCCGAGGUAGGGGACAGACUCUUCACACAUGAUCAAAUCGGCACCAGCUACACCACAGGGCAAAAUGGCAUUGAAAAGGGCAGGUUGGCAGGAAAGGGGUCAGAGGUCACUGAAGCUUGUGGGGUGAGCACAACAGACAUGAACAACGGCGGGUCUGGAGAUGAAAUAGAGGGAGAUGGGGCGAGUGUGACGAGUGAGAGUAAUUUGUCUGGUUCAGAACAAAGCUUGCCGACGUCUGUACGCAAACGUUCUAUGCUUUCCUACUCCACUUUGCGCCGCAGUCCGAAAUGUACCAAGCAGAAUCACCAGCAGCACAGUAACGGUACAGGUGGUCAGAAAAACAUACUUCCUAAUUAUCCGCAACAGAUUGGCACAAAUUCCCGUAUCUGUCUUGUCAAUUUCACAAGCGAUGACCUCAUCACGCAUCUCAUGUCACGAGACGAUGUUUAUCGGUGUGAUUUCUGUUGCAUUGUAUUCCAGGAUGCAGCGAUGUAUCAUCUCCACCGUAGCAUGCAUGAGAAGAUGGAUGUACGAUGUUGCAAUCUCUGUGGUAAGCUAGCCCAAGACAAGUACGACUUUCUCGCUCACUUCCUUAGCGAACAUAAAUGAUUGUGAACAUUUUCAUUUGAUAUUUGUAACAUUUAUAAUGUGUUUUUCCUUUUUUCCAAUGUCAAAUUGCUAUAUUUUUUCCUGAAUUUUUUUUACAUAUUUUAUAUUAAGUUCUAAAGUCUUAAAAUCCUGCCAAGGAUUCCCCAGUAUACAUUGUUUAUCGUAAAACAACUGCUUUAUGUUAAAAUUAUAUUCUAAAAUUACUGAACCCUAAGACCAGACACGAUUUGUAAAAGGGCAUACAUAUGGGUCAAGGUGAUCUGUUUCCGAUGGACCAUGAUGUGUCAUGACUUCCUAACUUGGUUAGAGUACUUUAAACAUAUUGAUUUUAGUCCUCUUAAGGUUUCGCUUCAUAAGUGCAAUGAAGAAUUCUUAUAUUUUCUGUAGGAAAAGCACAUAUAUAAUGUUAUUAGCACAAUCAUAAUUUCGAGCUUCAAGAGUAAAAAGCACUAGAAUAUGCAUGUUUACCACUAAAAUAUGAUUACCACUAAAAUGUGUAUGUUUACAGUACCCUUAUUUAAGGAAGGAGUCAGAAUCUGUGAGUAGUUGAUAUAACCACGGACGUCUGCUUCUGAUUAGUAUUGAUAGAAAACAAAAAAAUAGGCCCUACCCUACGAUAUCAACAAGGUGUAAAACAAAAAAAUAGGCCCUACCCUACGAUAUCAACAAGGUGUAAAACAAA